AUGUUCUCAGCACGCACCUUCAUCACACCGGUAGCCAGGGCUGCUUUCAGGUCACAGGCGGUUCACGCGCCCGUGAACAGCAGGCUCGCCUCGAUCCGUGCUGCGUCCACAAUCUCAGAAGCCAUAACCAAGGAUCAUCGCGAGCUCAAGGAGUACUACAACGAGAUCGUCAACAAUCCAGACAACAUUGACCAUCAGACGCGCUACGGCAAUCAGUUCACUUGGGAACUCGCUCGCCAUUCUGUCGCGGAAGAGCUUCUUGUCUAUCCAGCCUUGGAGAAGUACUUAGGCGACAAGGGCAAAGAGCAUGCCGACCACGACCGGGCUGAGCACCACAAGGUCAAGGUGCUUCUCAAGGAGUUUCAGAAUAUGAGCGCGAAAGACACAGGCUACGUCCCGAAGCUCAAGGAGAUCUGGUCGCUACUCGAACACCACAUUGAGGAUGAAGAGUCCAAGGACCUGCCCGCUCUUGAGAAGGCGUUGAGCUCGAGCGACAACCGCGGCUCGUCUGAGAGCCUGGCCAAGAACUUUGGAAGGACCAAAGCCUUUGUGCCAUCUCGCAGUCAUCCCAGCGCGGGCGAAAACCCUUACUUUGAGGGACCUAUGGGUAUGCUCGCUGCACCCAUCGAUCACAUCGCCGACAUCUUCCGAAAGUUCCCAGAUGGUACUGUGAGCCCAAAUCCUUCCAAGAAGUAG